CCUUAAGCCAUAAAUACAACCACCCUAGUGUGUGCAAGUGUUUCCUCUUAUAUUAUAUACCAAGUCCAUCACAACCUAAAUCUCAAAACAAGAAAUACAUACAUAGAUCAAGCAAGAUGGUUUCAUUAGGGUAUCCCGAAAUGUUGUUAUCAUUGGUAUGCCUUUUCUUGGUUUGGUGCUGGAGAAACAUCAACGGUCUGCCAUGGAACUGGCCCUUACUUGGGAUGCUCCCCAGCCUAUUCUGCCACGUCCACCGGGUCCACGACCGGUGCGUGGACAUCCUGGGGGCCGUUGGCGGGACCUUUCUGCUGCGAGGCCAUUGGUUCGACAAGAUGGACAUCCUCAUCACAGCAGAUCCCGCCAACGUCCACUUUGUCAUGAGUUCGAAUUUCACCAAUUUCCCCAAGGGCCCCGAGUUCAAGAAGAUCUUCGACGUCCUUGGGGACGGGAUAUUCAACUCCGACUCGGAGUCGUGGAGCAGUCAGCGGAAGCACGCCCGCUUCCUCAUCACCCACGACCGCUUCCGCAAAUUCCUCAUCAACACCACCAAGGACAAACUCCAAUACGGCCUCGUCCCCCUUCUCGAGCACGUCUCCCGCCAGGGUUUGGUCGUUGAUUUACAAGAUGUGUACCAGCGCCUCACGUUCGACACCACCUGUAGAUUGGUCACCGGGUUCGACCCGGGAUGCCUGUCCGUCGAGCUCCCCGAGGUUCCGUUCUCUCGAGCCAUGGACGAGGCGGAGGAAGCCAUAUUCAUGCGCCACUGCCUGCCGGAGACGGUCUGGAAGAUUCAGCGAUUCCUCGGAAUCGGGCACGAGAAGCAGCUGAUUCGGGCUCGGGCUGUUCUCGACUCCGUCAUAAACAAGUACAUAUCGAUGAAGCGCGAGGAGCUGUGUAAAGACGGCGGAGAUGGAGGCGGCGAGGAGGAGGGGCUGGACUUGCUGACGUCGUACAUCAACGGAUCGUCGGAGGAGGAGAUGGAGUGCAACGACGACAGGUUCCUGAGGGACACGAUCCUGAACCUGAUGAUCGCGGGGCGCGACACCACCAGCUCGGCGCUGACGUGGUUCACGUGGCUGGUGGCGACGCACCCGGAGGUGGAGAAGAGGAUCCGGGAGGAGCUGGACGGGGGCGAGAAGUGGCGGGUGUUCGGGGCGGAGGAGCUGCGAGGGCUGGUGUACCUGCACAGCGCGCUGCUGGAGACGAUGAGGCUGUACCCGCCCGUGCCGUUCCAGCACAAGGCGCCCGUGGAGGCGGUGGUGCUGCCGAGUGGGCACAGCGUAAACCCACAUAUGAAGGUGAUGUUCUCGUUGUACGCGAUGGGGCGGAUGGAGUACAUAUGGGGGAAGGAUGCCGGGGAGUUUAAGCCGGAGAGGUGGAUAACGGGGCGCGGCACCGUCAGGUACGAGCCGUCCUACAAGUUCUUGGCGUUCAAUGCGGGGCCGAGGACUUGUCUGGGGAAGGAGGUUGCCCUCACGCAGUUGAAAUCGGUGGCUGCAGCUAUAAUCCAUAACUACAAGGUGGAGCUGCUGGAGGCCCACCCUAUUACUCCUAAUGUAUCGGUUAUUCUCUACAUGAAACAGGGCUUAAAGGUUAGGCUUACCAGGAGAUGGGCUACUUGAAAUUAUUGUGUUUAUUUGACAAUAUUCUUCUGUUUCUUCUAUUUAUGAAUUUUUUUUUAUUGGUCAUACCCAAUGUAUCCAUUUUUAAGAGUUCGAUCGUUGUUUGAUUAUUGAUGAUUUAGUCAAGAAUUUGCAAAAUAAAGAUGAUUUUGUGUAA